CAAAGGUCGAGUAAUCGAUUAGUCGAAAGUCAACUAAAUACAAAACCGCAAAAAAGUCAGUAUAAUAAAAUCAUAAAUACUUUCUGGAAAUUGGACACAGCUUAGCUCAGCCAACAGAAAAAAGCAAUCAAAAACAACACAUUUUUCAUAAUUAAAUUUUUCUCUGACGUUUUUGUUUAAAUAAAACCAUCAAAAAUUGCUGCUCCUCAACACAAGUGGGUUGAUUAUACCCAAGCCCAAAGUCUUUGCUGUUUUUUCGAAAAUCAAAAUACCAUGAACGAAGCCGCCCUGGCCGGAAUGUUACCCUACGACACCAUAGGUCUGUAUGAGCAGCCCAAGCCAAGAUUCAUCUUUAAAAUGCCCCGUGUUAUACCGGAUCAAAAGUCUAAAUUUGAAAGUGAUGAACUAUUUAGACGCCUUAGCCGUGAGAGUGAGAUACGUUACACGGGCUAUCGGGAAAGAGCUAUGGAGGAACGCCAGAUACGUUUCCAAAAUGGCUGUCGCGAAGGUCACACCGAAAUAUCAUUUGUGGCCUCGGGCACCAAUCUGCAGUUGGUCUUCAAUGCCACCCAAAAUCCCUACAUCCAUGAUAAAGAAUGCGAUUUCGAUAAGGAGCAUGGCAAGGUCUACAUCAAAUCGUAUUUCAUUAUGAAUGGCGUUUGCGUGAGAUUCCGUGGCUGGUUGGAUUUGGAUCGCCUAGAUGGGUCGGGUUGUUUGGAGUUUGACGAACGUAGAGCCAUGCACGAGGAUGCCAUACUGCGCGAUCAAAUUGAUCGUUACAAUCAACGACUGCGAGAAUUUGAAGAUUCCAAGAGAGCCUAUAGAGACAAUCGUCCCGAGGAUAUGGAAGCAGUACGCCGUGGGGUAUCUUCAGGCGGCAUUGGUGUGGGAGCAGCCAGCAUGUGGCGGCGUUAAAGAUUGCACGAAAAGGGAUGAAAUCUGCUAUGGUACUUACUUAACAUUUACUAUAUGUACUAGAUCUAUAUAUGUGUAUGUGUUUGAAAAAUGUUCUCCAAUGAUAUGUAUUAAUAUUUAAUAUUGACUGAAUGAAGGCAUUAGGAUUCCAAAAAAAAAUGGAAUCGCAUUACGUGUGAAUAUGAAUUUUAGGUUUAAUUUUAAGCUCUCUUUACAUAUUGCGAUUUAUUGGAUCUUUAUAAAUCGAAUUUUAAACAUAAAAUUAUAACGUCGUCUUGAACCCCAUUUGCUUUAUUAGAAAUAGUUUACUGAUAAUAAAUAAAACUUUAAUUUAUA